AGGGUACAACACCUGGACCAGAGACACCGACAAAGACAAGUACUCCAGUUACUCCUUCAGCUACUCCACUGCCAACAACUAGAACAACAGAAAGAGGAAGUACAGUGUUUACCAGAAGCACCACUAUUCAGCAGUCAACAUCCUCGGUGUCAACAAGCCCAGUGACUGUCACCACCUCUGAAGUCACUGAAACAGGAUCAACCCCCAAAACUACCCCUUCAGGCCCCACACCCUCAAGAUCCACCAGCACCACACCAGUAACAGAAACACCUAGCCAUGAGACCACUACCACCAGGACCGUGAGCCCCCCAACAGGAUCACAUACCGCCCCUGUCAGCACCACAACUUCAGGACCAUCCUCUCUGGGGUCUACUCCUAGGAGUACUGUAUCUCUGUCUUCAGCAUCAACCAGCUCUGUGCCAGUCACCACCUCUGGUACUACUCCAACCAAAACCUUUACCACCACUUCAGGAACCACCUCUAGCAGUUUUACCAUAAGUACUGCAACCACCACCUCCACCACCUUAGAAACUCUUUCACCUGGCUCAACUAGUACAUCUGGGCCAACUGCAACAUCAACUGCAGUCACCACUACAGGAAGUUCUACAUACAGUACCGUUACUCCAGUUAGUGGCUCAAGUUCAACUACAGGUCUAACACCAACUACGCCUAAAAAAAUAUGUUCUAUUUUACCUGAUGAAUCUUAUGAGCAAGGUGAGUCAUGGUGGCUCUGUAACUGCACUAAGGCAAUAUGUAUAGAAGACAAUAUCGUCCAGGUGAUUCCCAUAAUCUGUAAUCCACCUCCUAAACCUACCUGUGCCAAUGGGCUUUCUCCUGUGCCAGUCAUUGAUGAGGAUGGAUGCUGUUGGCAUUGGGAGUGUGAUUGCUACUGCACUGGCUGGGGAGACCCACAUUACAUGACUUUUGAUGGACUGUACUACAGCUACCAAGGGAAUUGUACAUAUGUCCUUGUGGAAGAGAUUAAUAAGAAAGUUGACAACUUUGGUGUCUACAUUGAUAACUACCAUUGUGAUUCACGGGAUGUGGUCUCCUGUCCUCGAACGCUCAUUGUGAGACAUGAAACUCAGGAAGUGAGGAUAGCAACGGUGAAACCAAAUACUGUAGAAGUAGAGGUGACAGUAAACAAUCAGUUAGUGGCUUUGCCUUAUAAAAAGUUUGGCGUGAGCAUCUAUGAGUCAGGAAUAAAUCGUGUUGUGGAAAUUCCUGAGCUAAAAAUGAAUGUGACCUACAAUGGCUUGUCCUUUUCUAUCAGAAUGCCCUACAGCCUGUUUGGCAACAACACUCAGGGACAGUGCGGUACUUGCAAUAACAACACCGCAGAUGACUGCAUGUUGCCGAAUGGAAACAUUGCAGAAAACUGUGAAACCAUGGCAGAUCACUGGCAGGUUGUUGAUCCCUCCAAACCACAGUGCUCUCCAGGCCUAAAUCCUACAAGUUCACCUAGCACAACCCCAGCAGAGCCUUGCAAAGAAUCUUCCAUCUGCGAGCUUCUUUUGGGAAGUGUGUUCAAGCCAUGCCAUGAGUUUGUGCGGCCUGAAAAGUACUAUGCAGCCUGCGUUUUUGAUAGUUGUGUACUUCCCAACCUAGACCUGGAAUGCUCAAGUCUGCAGAUCUAUGCUGCCACCUGUGCUGAUCAAGGUGCAUGCAUUGACUGGAGAAGUCACACCAAUGGUGUAUGCUCUCAUGAAUGCCCCUCAGGAAAAGAGUUCAGAGCAUGUGGUCCUAUUAAAGAGCCAACCUGCAAAUCAAGUCACCAAAAUGAAACUUCAACUAAACAAGUGGAAGGCUGUUUCUGUCCCAAUGGAACAAUGCUGUAUGACUCUGGCGUGGAUGUCUGCGUGAAAACCUGUGGCUGUGUUGGAGUGGAUAUGAUCCCAAGAGAGUUUGGGGAAAAGUUUAUAGUAGACUGUCAGGACUGUACUUGCCUGGAAGGGGAAUAUGGCAUUGUAUGCCAGCCUCAUGAAUGUCCUGAACAACAUGUCACUUGUAAUGGAGAAGGCUUCUAUCAGGUCACUGAAGUCAAUCCUGAAGACUCUUGCUGCCCUCUUGUCACCUGCAAAUGCAACACAAGCCUCUGCACAGCUAAAGCUCCCAAGUGCACACUGGGAUUUGAACUUCAUUCUUAUAUUCCCAGUGGUCAGUGCUGUCCUGUGUACCAAUGUGUUCCCAAGGGGGUCUGUGUUCACGAGAGUGCUGAGUUCUUGCCUAACUCCUCAGUCUUUGUUGAUAAGUGUCAGAAUUGUUUCUGCACAAAUGAAGUUAACGUCAGCACUCAACUGAAUAUCAUCUCAUGUGAACCUCUUCCAUGCAAUACGUACUGUGCACCGGGAUAUGAACUUCAACCAGUGAAAGGUGAAUGUUGUGGAAAAUGUGUGCAGACCAAGUGUAUUAUACAUGCAAACAAUGAGGAACUCAUCUUGAGUCCUGGAGAUUUUAAAAAUGAUCCUAACAACAACUGCACCAUUUAUAGCUGUGUAGAAAUCCACAACCAGCUUAUCUCUUCCACAUCUGAGAUUACCUGUCCAGCAUUUAAUGAGGACAGCUGCAAACCUGGAACUAUUUCAUUCUUACCUAAUGGUUGUUGCAAAACCUGUGCACCUCUGGAUAGCAGCACACCGUGCUCUGUCCGUGAAAGAGAAGACUUUAUUGUCUAUAAUGGCUGCCGUUCCGUGGACAGAGUUGUCAUGACUGAGUGUGAAGGAACAUGUGGAACCGUCUCGCUAUACUCUGCUGAGGCCAAUUCUAUGGAUCACAGCUGUUCCUGCUGCAGAGAAUCACAGACUACUGAGAAGUACGUGGUACUGAAGUGUCCUGGUGGGCAGUCACUGUCACAUAAGUACAUCUAUGUGGAAAGCUGCAGCUGUCAAGACACUGAAUGCCAGAUCCCACAAUCCAGUGAGUUGCAGAGAAGAAAAUAACAAGGCAAGAUCUCUGAACCAUACCAAGACGACCAUCAGCUUAACAUCAAAAUGAAGACAGAAAAAAACUAGCAGCAUUUGACUGAAAGGCCUGUGCACCAUUCUUAGCUUUCUUGACUACUUUUGAACAUUGCUUUUCCCAGUAAAUGCAUCCUAUUUGUUCUCUGAUUACUUUGAACAGUGCUCUAUUUAUUUGUGACAAAAUAAGAACACAAAUUUGUAUUCUUCCAAGUGCACAGCCUUUUGGAUCCUUUUAUAAUCUGCUUAUUUUCUCUGAAUGAUUAAAAGCA